AUGACUUCAACUGAACAAUUGGAGACGGUUGAGAUUACCAAAUUAAAUGCCAUUGCCGCUGGUACCAACAAAAAAGUACCCAGAAUUGUGGCUGCUGGAUUGGGCGGUAAACUAAUGGGUACUGCUGAUUUAGUUAAAGUUACUGCCGAAGAAAUCACUCAGGAUUCAAUGGAAUCCUUGGCCGAAAAGGAUGCUAGGGAGAAAGCCGAAUAUGCCAACAAGAAACACAUUUCAGAAGAACCAUGGACCAGAGAUAAUUGGGCUAAAAAGAUUAAUUGGCUUAAUCUUAUAUUGGUUGCUGGUGUUCCAGCAAUUGGUAUGGGUGCUGCAUUCACCAUCACACCACAAUUUAAGACAAUUGUAUUGGCAUUUAUCUUGUAUGUAUUCAGUGGGGUUUCAAUCACUGCUGGUUACCAUCGUUUAUAUGCCCACAAGUCAUAUGAUGCAGCAUUACCAGUGAGGAUGUUUUUCGCCUUUUUCGGUGCAGGUGCCAUUGAAGGAUCAAUAAAAUGGUGGGGACAUUCACAUAGAGUUCACCAUAGGUAUACCGAUACCCCCAGAGACCCAUAUGAUGCCAGAAGAGGAUUUUGGUACUCUCACAUGGGAUGGAUGUUGCAAAAAGCCAACCCUAAAAACAGAGCCAGGGCUGAUAUUUCUGAUUUGGUUGCUGAUAAAGUUGUUGUUUUCCAACACAAGCAUUAUUUGCUCUUGAUGAUUUUCUCGGCAUUUGUGUUUCCAACUUUGGUUGCUGGUUACUUUUGGGGUGAUUACUGGGGCGGUUUCAUUUACGGUGGUGUUCUUAAAUCGUUUAUCAUUCAACAAGCAACUUUCUGUGUCAAUUCAUUGGCUCAUUGGAUUGGAACUCAACCAUUCGACGAUAGAAGAACUCCAAGAGAUCAUGUUUUGACGGCAUUUGUCACUUUUGGUGAAGGUUAUCACAAUUUCCACCAUGAAUUCCCUAGUGAUUAUAGAAAUGCUUUGAAAUGGUACCAAUACGAUCCAACAAAGAUGGUUAUCUAUGCAUUAUCUCAAUUGGGUUUGGCUUGGAACUUGAAAAAGUUUUCUCAAAAUGCUAUUGAACAAGGACUUUUACAACAACAACAAAAGAAGUUGGAUAGACAAAGACAAAAAUUGAACUGGGGUUCAAGUGUCGAAGAAUUGCCAGUCUGGACCAGAGAAGAAUUCAACGCACGUGCAAAGAAGGAAGGAUUGAUUAUAAUAAGCGGUAUCAUCCACAAUGUUAAAAACUUUAUCAAAGAACAUCCUGGUGGACAAGCUUUGAUUAGAGCCACAUUGGGUAAAGAUGCUACUGAUGCUUUUAGUGGUGCUGUUUAUCGUCAUUCCAAUGCUGCUCAUAAUAUCUUGGCAACAAUGAGAGUAGCUGUUGUCAAAGAUGUUAGUGUCAAUGCCAACACAUUUGACGCUCAAGAAGAAUUUAUGGCCAAAGAAAAACAAAAUUAA